CUUUAUUUUCAAAAGACUCCCGAUAUUCGCACAUUUCUGGACAUUGCUUUGCCUGCAGCAUAUAUUAGAAAAGGAGAUAGUGUUGACCAAGCUACAGCACCUUCAACAAAACCUUCAAAGGAUGAAGAUAUAUCCAGACAUUGUUUGUUUGAGGAAGAGCAACAUCGUGCUGUUCUAACGCAUAGCUUCUUGCCACUCGAAAUCGAAGAACUACCACAUGAGGCCAAGGAUGUACUCAAACGCUUGCUAGAGGUGGAUCCAAAACAGCGUUUGCAUUCGGUCUUGACACUGCAAAAAAUCGCACUAUACAAAAAUUUUAAAAUUGAUUCAAAAUAUUUGCUAAAUCUCCGUCCAAUGGAUCUGAUAAGCCCUGAAGAUAUUGUUGCCUUUACACAUUCCUCCGAAGACGAAAGUGACUGGGAAGAAAGACAAUUUUACAAAUUUUAAAUCCAAUAAUUAAGUAAUAUCAGUCAAGUAUAUACUUCUAUUUAAUACAAAAGGAUUCAUGUAUGAAUUCCUGCAGAACAAAAUGUGUCAUAUACAUACGUACAAAAAAUUUCGAUAUAACGGAGAUGAAGGGUUUGAACAAAUGCUACGUUAUAUUUACAGUUUCGUUAUAUUUAUAGAAUAUCAAAACCUCGAUAUAACGAAAUUUGCAAAAUUAAAAAAAAGUGUUAUAAGCAGAUCUGAGCGACACCUACUGCGAAGUACCCUCCGGGUAACGUGGUGUGUUCGUAUACACGAAGUUGCAAGCGAAAAUUAAUUACUGCAAUGAAUCGCUUAAAGGCCAGUAAGCAGCUCUCAAGAAAAUGGUCAAGAAAAAGUUGCCAUUAUUCCAAGGAAUUUUGACAUCUGAUAAUUCACCAGCCUGUUGCCACACACUUUCCUCAAGAAAUAAUGGAACGGGUAUAUAUAUGUAUACAUCUGUUGCAAGCAUGGGUUGCCUUUUGUUCUCUUUUCACAAAACAACUUUAGAUAACUGUAGUAGAAAGCGUAGCAAAUUUCUUAAGAACUGCGGACUGCUGUGGAGCUUUUUGUUGGGAAAAUCUCGCAACAAGGAGGUUUUUUCAGGGUCCCAGCAAAAAUUUCGUUUUAUAAAGAUUCGUUAUAUCGAAGUUUCAUUGUACUAUAAAUAAAAUUUACGGUUUUUUGAAAAUUUGUGUUUCAGAGUUUUAGUCCUAUAAUACAAAUAACUUAAUAAAAACAUAAUAAUCUGAA